UCAAUUAUUAUGAAUUUUCGGAAUUUAAAAAUUUAGAACUUAUAGGAAGUGGUUCAUAUGGAAGUGUCAUUCGUGCUAAUUGGAAAAAUAUUGAAAAUUUUUUCGCUUUAAAAACUUUUAAAAAUUAUGACAAUAUAAUGUUAAAAGAACUUGUUAAUGAGAUAAAAUUACAAAAAAGAGUUGAUUUUCACGAGAAUAUUAUACGGUUUUAUGGCAUCACGAAAGUGGAAGCUGAAAAAUAUUCGUUAGUCUUAGAAUACGCCGACAAUGGUACACUAAAAACUUAUUUAAAUAAUCAUUUUAAUGGACUUAAUUGGAUUGAUAAAUAUCAGUUGGCAUUUCAACUAGCUAAUGCAGUAGAAUGUUUACAUGAUUGUAAUAUUAUACAUCGUGAUCUGCAUGCAGAUAAUAUACUUGUACAUGGGAAAAAGAUAAAGUUAACAGACUUUGGUUUAUCAAAAAAAAUUUCUGAAGCAUCAAGCAAAACAUCAAAAAUAUUUGGUGUAAUACCUUUUAUCGAUUCAAAAAAAUUAUAUGAUCAAGGUUACAAAUUAAACAAGAAAUCUGAUGUAUAUAGCGUCGGAGUUUUGAUGUGGCAAAUUUCAAGUGGCCGUCAACCUUUUUCUGAUUAUAAUUAUGAUGCAAUUUUAUCCUUGUCCAUAGCAAAUGGCAAGCGAGAAGAAAUUAUUGACGGUACUCCUAAAGAAUAUUGUGACUUAUUUGCAGAAUGUUGGAAAGAUGAUCCAGAUGAACGUCCAAAUAUACAAAAUGUCGUUUCUAUUCUUUAUGAAAUAAUAUUUCCCAAACAAGAAGGUAUAACUAUUACUGAUAAUGUUAAUAAAGAAAAAGAAAAUAACCAACUGAAAAAAUUUGAACCAAUUUCUAAAUCAAUCGAAACCAUGGAAUUAAAUAAUGAAUUGAUAUCAUAUAAUGGAUUAAAUAUAAGUUGUGAAAAUAAUUUAUCAAGUUCAUCAAUUCAAACAAAUAUAUCAAAAAUUUCAUAUGGGUCAACAUUUGAUAAGACUAAUAAUAUAAUUGUUCAAAAGUUAAUUAAGGUUAUAAAUAGAAAACAUGAUAAGGAAAGUAUUAAUUUUCGAGAUUUUCAACAAUUUAUCAAUCAACAAGUAUUUGAAUUAAAUCUAAGUUCAAAUAAUCUUAUUAAAUGGCUAACUAAACAAGUAAAUCCACAAUAUAAUUAUUUACUUGGACUACUUUAUUAUUAUAACAUCUGUACAGAAGAAAAUAGUACAAAGCAUUGGAAUUAUUCUUGAAAGCAUCUAAAGACAAUUAUUUGACUGCACAAGUUUAUCUUGGAAAAUGUUAUAAUGAUGGAUAUGGAAUUAAAUGUAAUAAAAAUUUGGCAUUUGAUUGGUAUCGAAAAUCUGCGGAGAAUGACAGUAUAAUUGGACAAUUUUAUUUGGGAAAUUGUUAUGAAUUUGGCAUUGGAACUGCAAAAGAUUUUAUAAAAUCAGUACAUUGGUAUAAAAAAGCGGCAAAAAGAGGAAAUACAAGUGCAAAACUAAAUCUUGCAAACUGUUAUAGAUUAGGAAAAGGUGUUGAAAAAGAUGAAAUUAAAGCGUUCAUGUAUUAUAAAAUUUUAGCCAAACAAGAAAUUUCAGAUGCUCAAUGUCAACUGGGAGAUUGUUAUUAUAAUGGGAUUGGAACGAAAAUAGAUGAAAUACAAGCUAAAU